AUGUCUACGGAACGUCGUCUGAAAGGCUUCAAGACCCGCCAAAAAAGCCUGCUGGCAUCGUUCAGCCAAAUUAAGGAGUUCAUGGACAAUUACGAGGAAGAGACCGAUGCAUGCCAAGUACCGGUCCGACUAGAGCAUCUUGUGACGUUGUGGAACGACUUCAACUUGGUGCAAGCGGAGCUAGAGACGCUGGACGAAAGCGACGUCGACGAUCAACUCAAAACGCGCAUGGAAUUUGAGAGCAACUAUUUCAAGGUCAAAGGUUUCCUACUGUCGGUGAAUAAAAACCCUACGCCGCCGCUGACACCUACGUCUUCUCAUUCAACUGCGCAUGUCCCUGCUACGUCUUCUCACGUCCGGCUUCCCGACGUGAAACUGCCGGUGUUCAGCGGAAACCUCGAUAGUUGGAUGAACUUUCACGAUUUGUUUGUCUCGUUGGUACAUACGUCGCACGAACUGUCUAAUAUACAGAAGUUCUAUUACCUCCGCUCUUCGCUCUCCGGAGACGCAUUGAAAUUGAUUCAAACGAUUGCCAUAACGGCGAACAACUACAUAGUUGCCUGGAGCCUCCUGGAAAACCACUAUCAGAACCCAGCGCGAUUGAAGAAAUCCUAUGUGGACUCACUGUUCGAGUUCCCAUCGCUAAAGCGGGAAUCAGCGACAGAGCUGCGAUCUCUCGUCGAAAAGUUUGAAGCAAACGUUAAAGUGCUCAAGCAGCUUGGUGAAAAAACGGAAUUCUGGGACGUCAUUCUCAUCAGAAUGCUCAGCAUCAGGCUAGAUCCAACAACAAGACGAGACUGGGAGGAGUUUUCUUCGACACAGGCUGCGAUAUCCUUCCAGAAUCUUACUUCUUUCAUACAACGACGUGUUACUGUUCUCGAAACGAUCGGGAAACCUAUUGAAAGCUCAGGAUUCAGCGUGAAGAAACCCUCGCAGCGCCCGGUUGCCAGCCACGGAGCUUUCCAGUCCGGUUCCCGAAAGUGUAUCGUCUGCAACGACCAUCAUCCACUGUACCAGUGCGCAACAUUCGCUAAACUCAUCCCCGAAGAUAAGGAGAAGGAAGUUCGUCAGCACCAAUUGUGUCGGAAUUGCUUGAGGAGAGGUCAUCAGGCACGCGAUUGCUCGUCUACGAGCACUUGCCGACACUGCCGAGGUCGUCAUCAUUCUUUGCUCUGCAGUAACGUACACCCGAACUCAACUACCCCAAAACCGGCAGACAAUGCUCAGAUGAAGCAACAAACAACUAAGCCUUCCGUUGAACAACCGUCUGUGUCGCUAUCAGCGACUCUCGACAGCUCUCCAUGUCUUGCAGCGACCAGAAACCAUCGUAAGAGCGUCCUCCUUGCGACUGCGAUUAUCAAACUUAUUGACGACAACGGGACGGAGCAUCUAGCUCGAGCGCUACUCGACUCCGGCAGCGAAUGCUGUUUUAUGACUCAAUCGUUUUCGCAGCUUGUCAAAGGUCAUCGUCAGAAAAUGUGGUGCCCUGUUGUCGGAAUAGGUCAAUCAACUACCGAAGCUCGCUACAAACUGCGCUCUACAAUCUGCUCCCGUGUGUGUCACUACUCCGCUUCGUUAGACUUCCUAAUUCUACCGAGGGUUACCAUCGAUCUCCCAUCAGCCUCUAUAAACGCCUCUUCCUGGGAAAUUCCGCCUGGAAUUGAACUUGCCGAUCCGUCUUUCCAUCAAUCCAGCAAAAUUGAUGUAAUCUUAGGAGCUGAGGUCUUUUUCGACAUAUUUAAGUUCGCAGGCAGAAUCAAUCUGGGUGAUGAUCAACCAACCCUGAUCAAUUCUGUUCUUGGAUGGGUGGUCUCAGGCAAAGGGGAAACUUCUCCAUCAGCGAAACCGGUUGUAGCUAACUUAGCUACCAUCAGCGAUCUUCAUCAACUCAUGGAACGAUUUUGGUCUCUCGAGAACGACACUACAUCCUCUUGCUACUCUGUCGAGGAAGCGGCUUGUGAGAACCACUUUCAACAAAAUGUUUCUCGAACUUCGGAAGGCCGGUACUGUGUUCGUCUGCCAGUGAAAGAGGAUAUUCUCACCAAACUAGCUGAUAAUCGACGCACUGCAAUUCGACGUUUUCACAUGCUGGAAUCCCGACUCGAUCGUGACGUCAUCCUGAAACAACAAUAUAACAACUUUAUGGACGAAUAUGAAUUUCUGGGCCACAUGCAACAAGUAUUCGACCAUGAGACUCCACCAGCACCCUGCUACUACCUGCCUCAUCACGCUGUAGUGCGUGAGGAAAGCACUACAACAAAAUUACGCGUGGUGUUCGAUGCAUCAUGCAAAACACCCGGAGGUCCAUCAUUGAACGAUGCUCUGAUGGUUGGCCCUAUUGUACAGCAAGACCUCCGCUCGAUAGUAAUGCGGUCCAGGACGCGGCCGAUUAUGCUAAUAGCCGAUAUCAAGCAAAUGUACAGGCAAAUUCUUGUGGACGAAAGAGACACCCCUCUUCAGCGGAUAAUAUGGAGACCCGCACCAGAUACACCACUGCAUACAUUUGAGCUUAAGACGGUGACGUAUGGCACGGCCAGUGCCCCGUACUUGGCAACCAGAGUACUGCAGCAACUAGCCAACGACGAGAAUGAAAACUUUCCCGAAGCUGCCGAGGUACUAAUCAACGAUUUUUAUGUCGACGACCUUUUUUCCGGAGCCAGGACAGUGCAAGAAGCAAUCCAGCUAAGAACUCAACUCGAUGCACUGCUACGCAAGGGAGGCUUCGAACUUCGUAAAUGGGCGUCAAAUGUUCCUGCUGUACUCGAAGACGUCUCACCAGAAAAUUGUGCUCUCCAGCCUUCCGUGGAUUUGAACAGAGAUCAGUGCCUCAAAGCUCUUGGCCUUCACUGGGAGCCAUCGACAGACUACCUGCGGUACCAAAUCAACCUUUCUGAUCCUGCAGAUCAACCUUUGACGAAGCGGCGAGCACUUUCGCACAUCGCACGGCUGUUUGACCCACUUGGACUGGUGGGCCCAGUAGUCACUUCAGCAAAACUGUUUAUGCAGAGCCUAUGGACGUUGAAGGACGACGUUGGAAACCGCUGGGGCUGGGAUCAGGAGCUGCCCUUAGCCUCUCGUAAAUAUUGGCAAACAUACCAUUCGGAAUUGAACCUUCUAAACGAUCUUCGAAUAGAGCGCUGUAUCUUGGUCGAAGACGCAACAUCAAUUCAACUGCAUCUAUUCUCCGACGCAUCCGAACUAGCUUACGGCGCAUGUGCUUACCUGCGUUCUACCAACGCCGCCGGAGUGAUAAGAGUUGCGCUUUUGACGGCUAAAUCGAAGGUUGCCCCAUUAAAGCGGCAGAGCAUUCCGCGCCUAGAGCUGUGCGGUGCCCUGCUUGCGGCGGAACUCUAUGAGAAAGUCAUUGCAUCGCUUCAGCUUCGACCUGAAUCCUUUUUCUGGGUGGAUUCUACAACAGUGAUUAGCUGGUUAAAAUCCGCUCCAUCGGCCUGGACAACAUUUGUUGCAAAUCGGGUUUCAAAGAUACAACUGGCAACGGAGAACUGCAAAUGGAAUCAUGUCCCUGGUCAACAAAAUCCUGCUGAUCUCAUCUCACGGGGUACGUCAGCGGAAUCGCUUCUUCAGAGUAAAAUUUGGUGGACCGGCCCAACCUGGCUUCAGCACGACAUGGAUUCCUGGCCAACGCAGCCACUCAUCGGUAAUCGCAACAUCGAAGUUCUCCACGAAAUGCGAAAAUCCGCAGUUACAGCUCUUACCGCAGCAAACAACCCCUCCUUCAUCGAUGAACUGGUCAGCAGAUUCUCCUCGUUCCGGCGCUUAACGCGCGCCAUCGCUUACUGUCUGCGGUUUGCUCGGAACUGUAAGCUGAAGGAACCCAAUCGCCCCUGCACCGAAACACUGACUUACGAGGAAACGGAAGCGGCAGAAUUAAUGCUAGUUUCGCUGGUACAGCAACAAGAAUUCAACAGCGAGUGGAAGUUACUGCAACAAGGAAAACCUGUCUCAACUAAGUCGCGGCUUCGAUGGUUUCACCCCUUCUUGUCCGAUGACAAGGUGAUCCGGAUUGGAGGCCGACUGAAUCAGGCGAAACUACCCUAUAACACACGGCACCAAAUUCUUCUUCCUGGAAAACACCGUUUGUCGAUGCUCCUGGCGCAAUAUUUUCACGAAAAGCAUCUCCAUGCAUCACCACAACUCCUACUAUGCCUUCUUCGAACUCGGUAUUGGCUCAUAGGGGCCAGAGAUGUCGCCAAAAGGACAGUGCACUCAUGCGUUCCCUGCUUCCGAGCGCGACCCAAAUCGCUCGAACAAUUCAUGGGUCAAUUACCAUCUCCCCGGGUCAACAUGGCACGACCGUUUGCAAUUACCGGCGUAGAUUAUUGGGGACCAAUAUCUAUUCAACCAUCACACCGACGAGCCUCACCCAGAAAGGCGUACGUGGCGGUUUUUGUGUGCUUCUGCACUAAAGCCGUCCACUUGGAAUUGGUAUGCGACCUAACAACAGCGAAGUUUAUCCAGGCACUACGUCGAUUCGUGUCCCGCCGGGGUCUGUGCUACGAAAUAUACAGUGACAACGGCAGAAACUUCGUGGGAGCCGCGAAUGAGCUGAGGAAUUUAAUACGCACCAAGGAACACCAACAAGCACUAGCUGAGGAAUGCACUGAAAACGGGAUACGGUGGCAUUUCAAUCCUCCUAAAGCGUCACAUUUCGGUGGCCUUUGGGAGGCAGCAAUAUUUUCCGCCCAGAAACACUUCAAUCGUAUCGUAGGACCGCACAGACUUGCCUAUGAUGAUAUGGAGACACUUCUUUCUCAAAUAGAGAGUUGCCUUAACUCAAGGCCAAUUGCACCAAUGAGCGACGAUCCAUCGGAUUAUGAUCCGUUAACACCAGGGCACUUUCUGGUUGGCACGGCGCUGAAAGCUGUUCCCCAAGCGGAUUUCUCGUCGAUUCCAUACAAUCGGUUGCGGUAUUGGCAGCACACUCAGAAACUCCUCCAAGAUGUAUGGACACGGUGGCAACUGGAAUACGUCUCGACACUGCAACAACGAACAAAAUGGUACAAAUCGCCAGUCGUCAUCGAAAAAGAUCGCCUGGUUCUACUGAAGGAUGAGGAUGCACCACCGAUGAGCUGGAGAACAGGACGAAUAAUCGAACUACACCCGGGCGCCGAUGGGAUUACGAGGGUGGUAACUCUGCGAACAGCGAAUGGUAUUUUCACUCGACCGGUGUCAAAAAUUUCUCUGCUGCCCAUCGAACCACUUUCGAGCACUAUUGCUUCCAGCAUUGGGACUGCUUCCUCCGACGAAAUCUCUAGCAGCAACUACCGUUCCAAAAGAAAGGCCUGA